AUGAAUGGUCUGCAGACUUUGGGUGAUGUGACUGCAGAGAUUUUUAGAUUGUCCCCAGAGGGAAAUACUGUACAGAAAAGACAGCGUUUGAGGAUGGAGGAUGAAGCCCCGGGGGCCGCCUUGAAGCCGCUGGUGUUCCGAGUGGACAAGAGCACACCUGGGGUUGUACAGAGUGUCCUCCUGGAGCGUGGGUGGGACAAAUUUGACGAGCAAUGUCAGGAUGUGGAGGACUGGAAUCUGUACUGGAGGUCGUCCUCCUUCCGGAUGGCAGAGUAUGUGAAUAUCAAGCCCUGGCAGAGGCUCAACCAUCACCCAGGGACAACCAGUCUCACCAGGAAGGACUGCCUGGCCAAACACCUGGCACACAUGAGGAGGCUCUACGGUGAGUCGAUCUAUGAGUUCACACCCUUGACGUUCAUCAUGCCCAGUGACUACACCAAGUUUGUGGCCAAGUACUUCAAGGAGAAGCAGGACUUGGGUACCAAGCCGAGCUACUGGAUCUGCAAGCCAGCAAAGCUGUCCCAAGGGAGGGGGAUAAUCAUUUUCAGUGACAUCCGGGACCUCAUGUUCAAGGACGCGUAUGUAGUACAGAAGUACAUUUGUAACCCCUUGCUCGUGGGUAGGUACAAGUGUGACCUCCGCAUCUAUGUCUGUGUCACUGGCUUCAAGCCUUUGACCAUUUACAUGUACCAGGAAGGGCUGGUGCGAUUUGCCACGGAGAAGUUUGACCUCAGUAAUUUGGAAGAUGAUUAUUCCCAUUUGACCAACAGCAGCAUCAACAAAUUGGGGGCCUCGUAUGAGAAGAUCAAAGAGGUGGUGGGUCAAGGCUGCAAGUGGACCCUCAGCAGGUUCUUCUCUUACCUUCGGAACUGGGAUGUGGACGACCUGCUGUUGAGGCGGAAGAUCAACCACAUGGUGAUUCUCACUGUCCUGGCCAUGGCUCCAUCAGUCCCCGUUGCCAACAACUGCUUCGAGCUUUUUGGGUUUGACAUCCUCAUUGAUGACAACCUGAAGCCGUGGCUCUUGGAAGUCAACUACAGCCCUGCUUUGAGCUUGGAGUGUUCCACGGACGUCUCUGUCAAGAGAAGCCUCGUCCAUGAUAUUAUUGAGCUGUUAUACUUAAACGGCCUCAGGAGUGAGGAGAAAAAGUGUGGGAGAACUUCUCAGGGAAACGCCAUGGUCUCCCAGGCCGGGAGAAGUCAGCAAAAGCUCUGUGCUGCCCCUGCUCCCCCUUCUUAUGCUUCUCUCAUACACUUUGCAACGUGCAGUAAACGAAGCCCAGCUGCCCAGCACAUCUAUCCCAAGCACACUCGAACCUCCCAGCUCAGAGAAAUGCUGUGCAGGCAGAACAAACUUCUGACAAGAGAGGCAGCCAAAAGCAAGCCAAGGCUCAAGGCUUGGCAUUCGCCUCGAAAGAUGCUCUCCCUAUAUGCGUCUCAGUCACAGCCCCGUAAGACGAAGGGACCCACGGGCAUCCUCCCGGAAGCUGGAAACGCGCCAAACAACCAUGCGGGCAACUUUGUUCUUAUCUUCCCUUUCAACAAGGCUACUUUUCGUGCCUCCAGAAAUGGGUUAAAUGUCAAAAGAAUAAUUCAAGAGCUCCAGAAACUAAUGAAUAAAUAA